CCUAUUCUCUUCGUUGUCAUUUGUCGUCUCGAAGUCUCCUCUCUUUUCUUCUCCAAGAACUCAAAUUUCCCCAAUUAGCCAAUUAGGGUUAAUUUCAGUCUCAAUCUCCAUCUCAAUCUCAAUCUCAAUCUUAUGCCCUUCUUCCAGCCACCACCAUCUUGAACUUUCUACGGGAUCUCGAAAUUUAACCCAACGGGUCCUCGGUUCCUUCACGGUGAGCCGUUGUAGCUCGUAAUUCAAUUUAACCCCAUGCCGAAAUCCGUUUUAUACAUCCUCUUCUUCUCUCUCUGCAUCGUCUUCUCCGUCGCAACAUCCGCCGAAUCCGAAGGGAAAUCCUCCUCUGUCAUCAGGCUGCCGUCGCAGUCCGCCGGACUUUGCGCCGGAACGCCAUCGCCGUCCUCUUGCCCCGCUAAGUGCUUCCGUACCGAUCCUGUCUGCGGCGCCGACGGCGUCACCUACUGGUGCGGAUGCGCCGAGGCGGCUUGUGCCGGCGCCGAAGUUGCGAAGUUAGGGUUCUGCGAAGUCGGAAGUGGUGGAUCUGCAGCGCUACCCGGUCAGGCAUUACUCUUGUUACACAUUGUGUGGCUAAUUGUGUUAGGGUUUUCAAUGUUGUUUGGCCUAUUCUAGUUCACGAGGAUUCUGGAUUUUGUUGUUCGAUUUCUGAGUUGCGGACGCCAUGUCAAUUUAGUUUUCUGAAGAUUUUCGACAUUGAUUUGGUAGGUUUUGAUCUAUUCCAGCAGUGUAUAUUUGGUAUUAAUUUGUUACUUAAAUUGAUUUCUUAAACUUCUUUACACUGUGAAUAUGAAUAUAUCUUGGGAAUGGUAUGUAAUUAUUGCAAUUCAAAGAAAAUCUAUAGAGGACUAAAUUGAUAUCAGCGGGUGUCAUAUUUUUAGGGUAAUUUGAUUCUUUUUAUUAUUCGGAAGAGGGAUUUUGAUGGUGGUGUGUUGUAGUAUGCAUUGUGGCAGCUUAAUGCAUUCAUAGAGGGAUUUCGAGUUUUGUUGAUUGAGGAUUCAACAUAUUAUUGUACUCAUUAUGCUUCUUGUAUUUGUAUACUUUAAUACAAUGAUGUUCUUCAAUACAUUCUUGAGUG